AUGUACGUAAGGGUGCAGGCUCGAUCUUCAAGUCCCACACCCACCACCGCAAAAGUCCUGCUCGCUUUCGUUCCCUCGAUUUUGGGGGAGAGAAACGGCUACCUUAAAGGAGUGAUGACUGACAUAGUUCAUGACCCUGGUCGAGGUGCCUCUCUUGCGAGGGUAACGUUUGGACACCCUAUAAGGUAUAAGCUUCAAAAGGAGCUUUUCGCUGCGGCCGAAGGGAUGUGCUCGGGUCAGUUUGUUUAUUGUGGAAAAAAGGCAAAUCUCAAGGUUGGCAACGUUAUGCCUUUAAGAUCUGUGCCUAAAGGAGCUGUUGUGUGCAAUGUGGCACGUAAGGUUGGUGACAAAGGAGUUUUAGCUAGAGCUUCUGGUGAUUAUUGCUUGUAG